AUGCUAUCAUUGUGGAACGUGUAUCUCCGGACACAGCUCCUCUUGUCCUUGAGCCUACUUGAGCCAAUCCUGGCCGCGAAUACGGCUCAAUGGAAGUCGAGAUCCGUUUAUCAGACCAUGACGGAUCGUUUCGCACGCACAGACGGCUCGACUACUUCACCAUGCAACACCACGGCAGGACUUUAUUGCGGAGGAACAUGGAGAGGAACAAUAAACCAACUCGACUAUAUCCAGGGAAUGGGGUUUGAUGCCGUUAUGAUAUCUCCAAUCAUUGAAAAUCUCGAGGGUCACGUUUCUUACGGUGAAGCCUAUCACGGAUACUGGCCGUUGGAUUUGUACUCUCUGAACUCUCAUUUCGGCACACGUCAAGAUUUGCUCGACCUGAGUGAUGCUCUCCAUUCCCGAGGCAUGUACUUGAUGAUGGAUACAGUCAUUAACAACAUGGCCUACAUGACCAACGGGAGCAAUCCAGCCACGAACAUCGACUACUCGAUCUUCACCCCAUUCAACAAUGCAGACUAUUUCCACUCUUACUGCAAGGUUACCAAUUGGGACAACUUCACCAACGCGCAGCUCUGUCAAACAGGUGAUACAACCGUCGCUCUUCCCGAUCUUUUCACAGAGCAUGAAGACGUUCAGCAAAUUCUCGAGGACUGGGCGAAAGACACGAUGGAUGCUUAUUCGGUUGAUGGACUUCGUAUCGAUGCGGCCAAGCACGUUAGCCCUGGAUUUUUGCGGAAUUUUGACGACUCUUCCAACACGUUCAUGACCGGAGAAGUUCUUCAGAAACAAGUCGACAUCAUCUGCAACUAUCAAAACAAUUACAUCAGCAGCAUGCCAAAUUAUCCCGUCUACUACUCAAUGUUGAAGGCCUUCACGGAAGGAAACGUUAGCGAUCUAGCGCUGACGGUAGAAGCGAUGAAGGCCGCCUGUCCUGAUGUAACGGCACUUGUUUCCUUCUCCGAGAAUCACGAUGUUGAACGCAUUGCUAGUUUCAACGAUGAUAUGGCACUUGCAAAGAACAUUCUGGUUUUCACGCUCCUUUUCGACGGUGUCCCGAUGAUUUACCAAGGUCAAGAACAACAUCUCAGCGGAACGGGCACGCCGCUGAACCGCCAGGCGUUGUGGCUCACUGAAUACAACACCGACGCCGCGCUUUAUAAGCUGAUUGCAAAACUCAACGCUAUCCGAAAACAGGCCUAUAAUAUUGACAACGACUAUGUAACUACUCCGUCACGGGCCGUUUUCGUGGGUAGCAGCGAAAUUGCCUUCGUAAAGGGCGUCGAGGGCCAACAAGUCCUGAUGCUCCUUUCCAACCAAGGAUCGAACGGCAAGCCGUAUCAGCUCAACUUGCCGUUCAGUUACAACGCCGGCACACAGGUGACUGAAGUUCUGAACUGCAUAAACUAUACGCUCGACAACAACGGAUCACUAACGAUCGACCUGGAUGCGGGUGAGCCCCGGGUAUUCUUCCCAGCCAAGUAUAUGCCAGGCAGUGGUCUUUGCGGUUACUCAUCUGCCAAUCAGUCUUUGGUGGACCUCAAGACCAGCACAAAAUCGCCUGGAGUCAACGGCAGCGGAAGUCGUCCCGAUCGCACGGUGUGGGCUGCUCUCAUGCUGGCAAUUACGACAGGGCUAAUGGUGAUGGUUUGA